AUGGCUGAACAACUAGACCUCGAGCAAUCCGGCCUCCAGGAGGUCGCGAAUGCGAUGCGGGAGGAGAACGUUAUGGAGAGCCAUCUUAUCAGCUCUGCCAACAAGCGGAAGCGGGAGUCGGAAUCAGCUGAUGACGCGAGACGAUUCAAUAAACGUGUCUCCCCCAACUCAAAUACGGGCGCUGACCAAUCCGGCCAUGGCCAAGAUGCGUCGGUUGAAGCUUUGCAAGAUUACAGCGGUCUUCACCAUCAUGGCGGCGCCGACAACCAAAACGGCUCCGCUGAACAUGCAUCUUCCACCGCCGCGGCGGCCCUCGCUGGUAUAUUCCCAACUAUCACCAUCCCGCAGCCCACGGAUGUCUCAUUUGGAGCCACCCAGGGUUCUGAUACCGACCGCAAUCAGGAGUCUUCGUUCAUGGACAAUAGUCAGCAAGGUCAAGAUAGUUACGUAGACAAUACCCAACCAGCACCCCGGGCCAAGCUUGCAGUCGGUUCGGAAGAGUGGCAUAAGGUCCGAAAAGACAAUCAUAAGGAGGUUGAGCGGCGGCGCCGAGAAACGAUCAAUGAGGGUAUCAACGAGCUGGCAAAGAUCGUCCCCGGGUGCGAGAAGAAUAAAGGAUCUAUCUUGCAACGUGCCGUCUCGUUCAUCACUCAACUGAAGGACAAUGAGACGCAGAACAUCGAGAAAUGGACCUUGGAGAAACUUCUCACGGAGCAGGCCAUCGCCGAGCUUAGCGCCAGUAACGACAAGUUGAAGGCCGAAUGCGAGCGAGCGUGGCGUGAGGUAGAGACAUGGAAACGGACAUGCCAGAGUGCGGGAUUGGCUCCAAAGAAGGAAGAAGCUGGUGCCUCUGCAUCCGAUGAGAACUAG